GAGCAUAAACAGCCAUGUCGGCAACGGAUUUAGUUAAACUCGCGUUAACCCAUCCACUCGAAUUCCGUACACUACUUCAGUACAAAAUCUGGUAUGAACCAAAAAGAGACAUUACCAGCCCAGAAGAACACGCAACGACUGGGUUCGAUAGAGAAUCUAUGAGGACUUGCUGGGAUUUCCUCGAUAAGACUUCACGAUCAUUUGCACCUGUAAUCAAAGAGUUAGAUAGCGUCUUGGCUAGAGUCAUUUGUAUCUUCUACCUCGUCCUUCGCGGUUUGGAUACAGUUGAAGACGACAUGACCAUACCACUCGACGUAAAGGAGCCUAUUUUGAGAUCAUUUCAUCAGAAACUCUACGAGCCAGGCUGGAAUUUCACCGAAUCUGGUCCAGAAGAGAAGGAUAGACACCUCUUAGUUAAAUUCCACGCUGUUAUUGAUGAAUUCUUGCUCUUGGAUGAUGAAUGCAAGAAGGUCAUAGCUGACAUCACCAAGAAAAUGGGUAAUGGUAUGGCUGACUAUUGCGCUGCCGCCGAACGUGGUCAAUCUGGUGUCGAAGAUAUCAAAGACUUUGAUUUAUACUGUCAUUUCGUCGCUGGCCUUGUUGGUGAGGGUUUAUCAGGAUUAUUUGCAGCAACUAAGCUUGAGAAGCCAUUCAUUGCUGACCAAUUGGAAUUAUCAAAUAGUAUGGGAUUGUUCUUGCAGAAGACAAACAUCCUUAGGGACUACCGCGAAGAUGUGGACCUCGGCAGGGAAUUCUGGCCAAUGUCAUUAGUCAAGCAGCAAGGGUUCAACAGCCGUGCUGACUUAAAAGAGCCAGGUAACGAAGAGAAAGCCUUAUGGGUUAUCUCCUCAAUGGUUCUUGACGCUCUCAGACAUGCUCCUGAUGUAUUAGAUUACCUCGCUUUGCUUAAGAACCAAUCAGUUUUCAACUUUGCCGCUAUACCUCAAGUACACGCUAUCGCAACCCUCGAAGCGUGCUUUAUGAACCCAGAUAUCUUGCACAAAAAUGUUAAAAUACGCAAAGCCGCUGCAGUCAAAAUUCUUAUGACAAUCAGAAAUCCAAGAGACGUAGCUGAAAAAUUCGUCUUCUACUCUAGAAAAAUACACGAGAAGUUGUCUCCUGCUGAUCCUAACUUUAUCAAGCUUUCUGUUGCGUUGUCGAGAAUUGAACAAUGGACUGAACGUCGUUUCCCAAGUCUCUUGCAGUUUGUAGCGGGACAUAUUGACAUAAAGAAAUCAGACAAGAGAUAUAUCACCUUUGCUGAACAAGAGAAGCUCGUCAGUGAACGCAACGAUGCAGAGAAAGCUGCGAGAAUCGCCAAAGAUGGUAGCUUCGAUCCUGACUCAACAGCAAGCGCAGACCAAGUUCCGUGGAGCUUCUUCUUCCUCAUUAUCGGUGUUUGCAUGUCAAUCUUCUUCAUUUCUGGUGCGCUCGUGUGGUUCUUCGUUAUGUGGUUGUCAGACUUGGGUAAUCGCAUAGAUUAAAUGUCUAUCGGUGCGCUUAGAUGCAGCGAAUUGAGUGAACAAAAUGGAGAUAUAGAAAUACAUAAUAAGUCAUAAUUACAUGUAAUAGUUCCUUUCUUAAUAUGGAUGUUGAUUUAAUA